AUGGAAAGAUUUUUCAAAAGAAAAUCAAAGUCUGAGUUAGUGGAGUCGUCACUUGCAAAGAGUCAAAAGAAAAAUGAAAGUAGUCCAAACCAAACUACGGAAGUUAACUCGGAAAAUCUGCCAUCUGAUCCCGGAUUACGUAAUCAAAUAUUGAGUUACCAUCCAAAUGUUCAAGACCAAGUUCGAAGAGCUUAUCUCCAAAAAGGUCCUUGUCAACCUCGAGGGCAUAAUUUUCCUUACAAAAAUUUUGGAGCAAAACAAAGACGAUUUAAUCCUGGUUGGUUUAGUGAAUUUCCUACUUGGUUAGAGUAUAGCAUAGAAAAAGAUGCUGCAUUUUGUCUAUGUUGUUAUCUCUUUAAACCCGAUGUUGGAGCGCAAUCUGGUGGUGAAUCUUUUGUUAGUGUUGGAUUUUCGAAUUGGAAGAAAAAAGAUAGACUACAAAUUCAUGUUGGAGGACCGAAUAGUGCCCACAAUAAGGCUUGGAGAAGUUGUGAGGUCUUAUUAAACCAAAGGCAGCAUAUUGAAACAAUUCUCUCAAAACACUCAAACCAAGAUCGAAUUGAUUAUCGAACUCGUUUAGGUGCAUCAGUUGGUGUCAGUAGGAUACUUUUGCAACAAGGGCUUCCAUUUCGUGGGCAUGAUGAAUCUGAAAAUUCAACCAAUCAAGGGAAUUUUCUUGCAUUUUUACGAUGGCUAUGUCGUUUCAAUGAUGAUAUAAAAGCUGUCACGCUAAAAAAUGCUCCUGAAAAUAUGAAGUUGACAUCACCUGAUAUCCAGAAGGACAUUUCAAGUGCUAUUUCAACUGAAAUUAUCAAUGCAAUCAUAAGGGAUAUUGGUGAUUCAUUAUUUGCCAUUCUUGUUGAUGAAUCGUGCGACAUGUCUUCAAAGGAGCAUAUGGCAAUUGUUCUACGUUAUGUGGAUAAAGGUAAGGUAAUUGAACGUUUUGUAGGUAUUGUCCAUGUUACAGAUACUAAAUCUUCUUCACUCAAGUUAGCCGUUGAUGAUUUCUUUUCGAGACAUGGAUUAAGCAUCUCUAGAUUGCGAGGGCAGGGUUAUGAUGGCGCAAGUAAUAUGAGAGGUGAGUUUAGUGGUCUUAAAACACUCAUUCUAAAUGAGAAUGACUCUGCUUUUUAUGUUCAUUGUUUUGCUCAUCAACUUCAGCUAGCUUUGGUAGCUGUGGCAAAGAAACAUUCAGAAAUUGCAGAUUUAUUUACUAUGGUUUCUAAUGUGGUGAAUGUUGUGGGUGCAUCUGCUAAGCGCCGUGAUAUGCUGAGAGAAAAGCAUGCUGAUGUAAUUUUUGAAGCACUCAAUAAUAAUGAGCUCUUAAGUGGACAAGGCCUGAAUCAAGAAACUAAUCUUAAGCGGUCUAGUGAUAUACGAUGGAGCUCUCAUUAUAAUUGUUUAAUCAGUUUGGAAAACAUGUUCCCAUCUGUGAUAGAUGUGCUUAAGAUUGUAAGAACAGAUGGAUCAGGUUAUGAACAAAAAUUUGAAGCAAAGGUUCUAUUGACUUUUAUGCAAUCAUUCAGCUUCAUUUUUGGUCUACACUUGAUGAAAAGAAUUUUGGGAAUCACAAACAACUUGUCUCAGACAUUACAAAAGAAAGAUCAAGAUAUUGUGAAUGCCAUGGACUUGGUCAAAAUAUGUAAAGGAAGAUUGCAAAGCAUGAGAGAUAAUGGUUGGGAUUCUUUACUUGAUCAAGUUUCUUUCUUUUGUGGCAAGUAUCAUAUUGAAAUUCCUAAAAUGGAUAAUAUUUUUUCUAGUGGAGGGAGACCCAAACGUAAAGCUCAACCCAUCACAAACUUACAUCAUUAUUGUGUUGAUUUAUUCGUUGAUGUUAUUGAUAUUCAGCUCCGAGAGUUAAAUGAUCGGUUCAAUGAGAAGAAUACUGAAUUACUUCUUUGUAUGGCAUGCUUGAGUCCAAGUAAUUCAUUCUCUGCUUUUGAUAAAGCAAAGUUGAUGCGACUUGCCCAAUUUUAUCCUAGUGAUUUUUCUAAGUAUGACCUCAAAUUACUUGAAGAACAACUUGAGAAUUACAUUUGGGACGUGAGCUCUAACGAUGAAUUUACAGAAUUGAAAGGGAUUACUGAUCUUGCUCAAAAGAUGGUUGAGACAAAAAAAGAUCAGAUCUACCCUUUAGUGUACUUGCUUUUGACACUGGCACUAAUCCUACCUGUUGCGACCGCAAGUGUAGAGCGAGUAUUUUCUGCUAUGAAUAUUGUGAAGAAUCGGUUACGCAAUCGAAUGGGGGAUUUGUGGAUGAAUGAUUGCUUGGUUGCAUAUAUUGAGAAAGACAUUUUUAAUAGUAUAGAUGACGAGGUUGUUAUGCAACGAUUUCAAAAUAUGAAAACUCGUCGAGGACAAUUAUGA